AUGGCGGACGAGGAGGCCGAGCAGGACCGAUGUCCUGAGAACGGCGUCAGAGAAACGAUCGGGGAGCUCAGACAACGACUGCAAGAGCUCCAAGAAGCCGUGGUUCGGGAGGCCGGAGACCCCGAAUCCUCCUCCCGGUACUGCCAGGAGUUCUGCGGGACCCUGCUGGAGUAUGCGGGCCGCUGGCGGAUAGAGGCGGAGCCUCUGGCGCUGGUGGAGGUGUACAUCGUGGCGCUGCUGAGCUACGCCCAGGCGUCUCCGUCCCUCUCGCUGCAGUGUGAGAACGUUCCUCUGGUGGUGGAGAGGCUCUCGCUGAGUUUCGUGGAGCUUUUGCUCUCGCUGAACACCGACGUUCCAGACGACAUGUGGAAAGAAUUCAAGUCGUGCGUGCAGUUUGCUCACCGGACGCUGCAGGAGACCCGGGUCACCCAGCUGUCCCAGCUCUCGGCUCUGGGCCAGUAUGACGGCGUGUGGACCAACCGGGUCCUGCAGGGCCUCCUGGCUGACGAGGACCUGCAGAGCCAACAAGUGGAGGAGUUCCUGGUGCAGGAGGGUCUGGGGCUGCUGGAAAUGCGAGUGAGCCAGAUGAUGAAGGGCGACCAGCUGGGGAAGGCCGCCCUGCUGGCCAAGGUGUGCUCCGAGUGCCACGCCUUCCAAGGGAAGGGGUCGUUCAGGCAGAUGUACCUGGUGUGUCUCUGCGCGACCUCGGAACAGGACCAGCUCAUGGACGAGCUUUCGAAGGAGGAUUGCCGCGACGUGUUGGAGAUGAUCUGCAACCUCGAGUCGGACGGAGAUGAGAGGGCGGCGUUCAGCUUGUGCUCCGCCUUCCUGACCCGGCAGCUUCUCCUAGGGGACACAUACUGCGCUUGGGAGCUCACUUUAUUUUGGAGCAAGCUGUUGAAGAGAUUGGAGCCGUCGGAGCAGGCCUUCCUCGACAGAUGUCGCCGGAUGUCUUUGCUUUCUAAAACCGUGUACCACAUCGUGUUCCUCAUCAAGGUCAUCCAAUCAGAGAUCGACAGCGUCGGACUGCCGGCGUGCAUCGAGAUGUGCAUCAGGGCUCUGCGGAUGGACUCGAACGACGGCACCACCAAGGCCACCGUGUGUAAAACCAUCUCCUGCUUGCUGCCCGCCGACCUGGAGGUCAAGCGAGCCUGCCAGCUGACGGAGUUCCUGCUGGAGCCCACGGUGGACUCGUACUACGCCGUGGAGACUCUCUACAACCAGCCGGAUCAGAAGCUAGAGGAGGAGAACAUGCCCGUCCCCAACUCUCUGCGCUGCGAGCUCCUGCUGGUUUUUAAAACCCAGUGGCCUUUCGACCCGGAGUUCUGGGACUGGAAAACACUGAAGCGCCAGUGUCUCACGCUGAUGGGCGAGGAAGCGUCGAUAGUGUCGUCCAUCGACUUGCUGAACUACACCGAGGACCCCGAGGAGGAGGACGACUUCCUCGGUCCGGAGGGGUCGACGAACGCCUCGUACUUCGGCGGCACCUACGAACUGAACGACAUCGCCGACAGGAGACGGAAGAACAGAGAGAUGAAGAAGCUGAGGGAGAAAGGUUUCAUAUCUUCGCGGUUCACAAACUGGCAGGCGUACAUGCAGUACUGCGUGCUGUGCGACAAAGAGUUCCUCGGCCACCGGAUCGUACGCCACGCGCAGACGCAUCUGAGCGACGGCGUGUACAGCUGCCCCAUAUGCGCCCAACCCUUCCCCUCGAAGGACACGCUGGUCCCCCACGUGACGUCGCACGUCAAACAGUCGUGCAAGGAGCGGCUGACCGCCAUGAAAUCGAACAAGAAGUUGGCCAACCGCAAAACGGCCGGCCCCGUCGUCGCGGCGUUGAAGUCCAAGACGGAAAACGGCGGCACCUUCGGUCGAACCGGCGGGAUGAGUCGGAGCGCUCCGGCCAAAGUGUCCCGGUUCAACACGGACAACGGGGAGGACAACGUGUGCCCGGUUGGAAAAUGCAGACGGCGCUUCAAGUUCUUCCGAAAUCUCGUCGCCCACGUCAAAGCCCACGGGGACAACGAGGAGGGCAAGACGUUCCUCGAAAUGCAGAGCAAAAAGGUCGUCUGCCAGUACUGCCGCCGCCACUUUGUCAACGUCACCCACCUGAACGACCAUCUGCAGGUGCACUGCGGCGCCAGGCCGUACAUAUGCAUCCAGUUGAACUGCCGCGCGAGUUUCCUGUCCAACACGGAACUCUUGGUACACCGGCGGACGCACUCCGUCUUCAAGGCCAGGUGCAUGUUUCCGAACUGCGGCGAGAUCUUCCACGAGGCCUUCAAGCUCUACGACCACGAGGCGCAGCAUUAUAAAACGUUCACCUGCAAAAUUGAGGACUGCGGGAAGGUUUUCCACUCGCUGCGCCAGUUGGAGUUGCACCAGGAAGGGCACGCCGAUCAGGGGCGGGAGGAAAGCCCGUCGUCGGAGCAGAGCUCUCAGAACACGCAGCCCGGCCCGUCACUCAUCGAACAAAUGCUUUCCAAUCGAACUCUGAUCAAACAAGAGGGUUCCCAAGAGGACUGGAGACCCGAGGCUGCUGGGAGUUCACGUACUGCGAGGCUGCCGGGGUCCGUCGAGAGCUUACUGCAGUCCUCGCAACCGCCCGCGGAACCCUUCGGACAAUACCGAGUCAAAGAGGAACCGCUGAACGAGCCUUGCACCGCCGCCGGGCCGACGCAGGAAUUCAAUUCUGGUAUUCGGCCUGCGACCUCCCACUUCCCCGAUCCGAGCGAUCCCAGACUCGGUUCAGGCGUUCACUGUUUUGGUAAUAUACGACAGCCCCAACAGAAUCAACCGGCGCCUCCGUUUGAAGCUAACGUAGGUAGUAACGUGUCACACGGCUGUAAUACCGGCGUCCCGCAUGGCCAGCUGCAAAUGUUCCCCCGUAGUUUAAAUACCGGAACGACGGGUUACAGCCUCCCGUUGCCACCAGGGCCGAUGUGCAACCUGUUGACGUCGCCGUCCCCACAGAACUCCCAUGGGCCGGCGAUGUCGCAACCGCUCCCCCCGACGGUAACCCCUCAGCCGCUCGCCGCCGGGAACCGAUCGGAGAACUCCGCGGCGAGCGCCGGUCCCCCGCCGGGUCACCGGGAGCGCUUUCACUGCCCGGUUGAAACGUGCGCGCGGCACUACAGCUCCAGCAGGAGCGUGUCCAAGCACAUGAAAACGUCUCACUGCGACUUCUUUGAACAGUGGAAAGUCGCCCGCACUAAAAUCAGGAUCACCUACGCGCCGGCGCCAAGCACCUCGUCCGUCGGGCAUCUCGGUUCGGCCGCGGCGGUUCAGAACCAGCCGGUCGGCAGGGUACCAGUUCACGGAAUUCAGAGGCAGAACGUCAUCCAAUCGCCCCCGUACAUCAACAUGGGCGUGCGGUUGAACUGUUCCGCUCUGCAUUCCCAUUCCUCGUGCGCCCGCAACAAGAACGCGUCGCUCCUGAUGGAGAAGGUCUUGAACCCCAUCGUCCUCUCUCAGCUGGGAAGCGAUACCCCUCCGAUAACGCCGCAGUGCCACGUUUCAGGUCGUCCAAUUUGGCACCCGGCCCCCAGAAUCGGACAUAAUCAAAACCGUGUCUCUCCCCGAGUUUAUGCGUCUAACAUGCAAGUUGAUCCCUUGCAGUCGCCACUCAUGGAAAACGGAUCCCAGCCAGUGAUGCCCUCGUACAUGGACGUCGCUAAGGCGUCUCAACAAGCAGAAGUCCACAUUCCCCCGUAUUCAUCGCGGAUGCAAAGCGGUUCAGUCUCCGGCUGCAGGUCACCAGAAAAAGCAAAAUCGAUGCAAAGUAACAUGCAGUCGACUUUCCCCCCUCCGGACGGUGCGAGCCAAAUCGUUAAGAACCAACCUCACAAUUGCCCCAUCCCCGAAAACGGCCCUGAAAAUCAAAAGCCGGCCAGAAAGAGCAGAAGGACCAAGUGGCCCGCUAUCCUCCGCGAUGGCAAAUUCGUCUGCUGCAGGUGUUAUCGCCAAUUUGACAGUCCCAAGUCCCUCGGCGGCCAUUUGUCGAAGGGCUUGAGCUGUAAACCGUACGACGAGUCGGAGCUCAACAUGGAUCUGCCGGCUUCCUUUCUGGACCUUCUCAAUUCGGAGCAGACGGUCAACACCGCUCAGCCGCAGUCGUCUUAUAACCCCGCGGCCGUUUAUCAGGAGAAGCCUCACCACUCGGUCACAAAUGGUUCGGCGGCUGUAAAAGAUUACCCCGUCCCCAAUUAUUCACAGGACAAUUUGUCUGAAUACGGCAAAGAGGAGUCGAACGACGACAUCCUCAAGCAGAUCAUGGCGGAGUCCAACCUGUCUGAACUUUUUGUAAACACACCUGCGCCCCAGCCCUUGUUCCCAACUCCCUGUGUUCCCUAUCUGGCCGGCGAGCGUCUGCCGGGGAGCUCCGUCAUACGGCACACGGAAAACGUCCAGGUGAAGCAAGAGGACGAUUCGUACGGCGCGGCCUGUUAUCCGCCGUCCGACGUCGACGCGUUUGCCGGAAGCGAGUAUUCCGACCCGCUCCUCUCUCGGAUGCUCAAAGAAAACCCUUUUACCGCGAGCCACGGGGAAUGGCAGCGUUCUACGGCGACCGCGCAGACGCCGGACUCGAACCCGGCGGCGCGGAAGCGGUUACCCGAGGGUCAGUUUAGCGCGGCGGCGUGCGCCGUGAAGGCCGAGACGCAGAGGACGCCGCCAGAGAACGACGUUAAAAGGCGACUGCGGGAGCAGAUUUUGGCCGGCGACUUCCAACAUGGAAGCGGCUCGUGCCGUUCGAGCAACGCCGACCCCAACGCCGACUCGCGCGCCGCGUCUUUCGGCCCAAUGUGCGGUCCCUCCAACAACUAUCGGCUUCAUCAAAUGUUCCGCGACUCGAACGCCGACUGGGCGAGUCGAGCCCUUCAAGUGAACUGUACGAUCAUGCCGGGAACCCCCAUGGAAAUUCAACGGCUUCUGAACACGCGGAGCUUCGCCGGUUUCCGAGAGACGACCGCCCCGUGGCAGGAGGUACCGAGCUCCACCGGCGUUCCGGCAGACCACGGCGAUCUCGAGCCCGGUCGGGUGUUUGCCGGCCAGCAACGAUGGAUGAAGGAGUUUCAAAGUUUGUUCGAAAGGCUCGACUUGGUCAGAGAGACGUCGGAGCGAACGGCCGCCGCGCCCGCGAAGCAAACCGUCGUCCCGCCGCCGAGCCCGAUCGCAUCCGCCAAGAACGCCGUCAAGCCGUUCGUUUGCGAGAACUGCAAAUUCUGCUCCGUCUCGAGCGAAGCGCUCUGGAGACACCUCUCCAAGUGUCACGGCUACACGCUGGAGAUGGUGAACGUGGUGAAGAGAAAGUACGGCCAAUACGCUCCCUUCAAGUGUGAGAAAUGUGGCAAGAGGUUCACCCGGAACUCGAACCUGCGCGCCCACUACAACUCCAUUCACAAACUACUGGCGGAAGAAAUCGCCGACCUGGAUCUGCAGCGCCGGGAGGCCAAAGCCGCGGCGACGGCCGCCCUGCAGCAAGCGACGCAGAGCCCGCCGUCCGCCGCGCUCCAAGUGAGCGUGAAACAGGAAUACGCGGCGCAGGCGUCCGAUCGCGCGUUCCCAGAUGACAGUCGCUUCUCCGUCAUUCAGCCCCUUCAAACCGCGCCCGCGCACAAUCGAGCCACGACGCCCCCGGCCCACGCCUCCACCUUUCAGUCGGCACAGCAGUGGUCUCAACGCGUCCAAACGCCCCAAGCGUCGGUUGGCCCCACCCAGGCGCCGUCCGCCAACGGGCCGCAGUCUCUCGCCGUUAAGUCCGCCGUCAACGGGCAGGCGAGCGUCACGCCGGGCGCGGAGCACACCAGGAAGAGGAAGCCCCACUCGCGGGCCGGCACCAGUCCGUACAGACCCUACAGCUGCGUCCAUCAAGGUUGCGUGGCGGCCUUCACCAUCCAGCACAAUCUGAUCCUCCACUACCGGGCCGUCCACCAGUCGGCUCUGUCGGCGCUGGAGGUGAACAAGGAUCAGGACCAGAGCGACGCCACGGACGAAACGCUGAGCCACGACGAGGACGAGUCGGACGCCGACUUCCCCCAAGUUUACGAAUUCCGAUGCCAAGUCAAGGACUGCUCGCGGGUUUUCCAAGAAGUUCACAACCUCCUGCAGCACUACCUGCAGCUGCAUUGCUUCAGCCUCGACAAGAUCGGCGACCUCUUGUCCAGCAUCAAGCUCGGCAGGUUCGGGUGCAGCCAGCGGGACUGCACGGCCUCCUUCACCGCGUUCUGGAAGUACUUGGCGCAUGUCAAAGAGCAGCACAAAGACCUGAAGCUCUCCAAAAUGGAUCCGUUCAACGCCUCCUUCAAGUGCGAGAUCGAAGGCUGCGACCGCACGUACGCCACCAAGUCGAACAUGCUCCGGCAUCUCAUGAAGAAGCACGAGGAGUUCUACGAGGCCAAGAUGAAGAGCGAGCAGAGCGAAGAAGGGAUUAAGCAAGAGGCGAAGCCGUUGCUCUACCAGAUCACCAAGACGAGCAACGGGAAGGAGAACAUCGAGAGCAAUAAAAAGAUCCUCCAGAGGCCGAGCAACGCGAAGAAAGCGAGCAAGGUGAAGAGCAGCCACUGGACGAAGUACGGGAAACCCUCCUUGAAGUCCAAAGUGGAGGCGGCGUCCAUGUGCACCAAGAGGUUCCCCCUGCAGUACCCCUGCAUGAUCAAAGGCUGCGAUUCGGUCAUGAAGUCUGAGCGGAGCGCGUUGAAGCACUACAUGGGCCACGGGCUGUCGGCGAAGUACCUGGAGCAGCAGAGGAGUCACUUCAUCUUCUGCAAAAAGUUCCCCCGGCAGAAGUGCCGCUCCAUCCGGAGCGACGACUCCAAAUCGGAGAACACCUCGGACCUGUCGGACAACGACUUGCCGUCGGACGGCGGCCUGGAAGGAGGCGCCUACGGGCAUUCGAAGCCCGUCCUGCGCAAGCGGGCCUCGGCGAGGUCGCCCGCCACGGUGUUCGAGAGCAAACUGUCCACCGACGAGAACUCUGACGGCUCCGUGGUGAUCAAGCGCAAGCGGGGACGUCCGCGGAAGCUGGUCGGGAAGUCGCUGAAGCGCAAGAAAAUCCCGCGCACGACCAAAGUGGAGGUGGCGUACGGCCGGGACGACGACUCGGACUCCGACGCCAGAAACCGCGAAGACGACGCGCCGCUGGCCUCGUUCAAGCCGAUGGGCUUCGAGAUGUCCUUCCUGAAGUUCCUGGAGCAGUCGAAUAAGUGCGAACCCUUGACGGUGGAGGUCGGCGUCCCGGACGCGUGGAGCCUGAGCGCCAGAGACACGUGCGUGCGGUUCAGCAACCGGCAGAACCUGAAGUCGCUCGGCAAGGUCAGAAUAAUAAUAGACGGGGCCUUUUUGGGUGUCGCCGACCUUAUGUUGAAGCAGCUGCAGGACACGCGGCCCACCGUGGUAUUAUGAACACAAAAAGACUGUUUGUUUUUUUUGCUGCGAAGCAGAACCUCAGGACUAGAAUGAGUCCCGUCUGCUGCAGACUGUCCACCACACGGGGAAUAUUUUCUACACAUUCAGCUAUUUAAAAAAAAAAAUUUAAAAAUUGAAAAUUAUGAAAAAAGCAAAACAAGUUUUAAAUGAUCCUGAAUUAUGUGUACUUUUUUUUUUUUUUUUAUGCAAAAGUAUAUAGCAUGUUUUUAUUUAUGGGCGGAAAGGUUACCUGAACAUGUGUUGAUGUGAAAUCGACUUUUUGGCGUCUUAAUCAUCCCUGUGGGACGUAGAGGCUAAAAUGAGACUUUGAAAAAUGGGUUGUAAUGUGUGUGUGUGUGUGUAGCUUGUGAUUUUAAAGAUGUUGAUUAUUGUGCGUUGGUUAUUAGUCACGCGCUGCCGCCAGCAGGCUUAUUAAAUGAACAGUUUUUUUACAACCAG